CUAAAUUCUUCACGAUAAUUUUGUUGUUGUGAAAUAGCCAGAGGAAUAGAUACGAUGUUAAAAACGAAAAGAAAGACUUUCUGACGACACACUUCGACUAUUUCACCUUUCUGCCGCCCAGAGCAUGAAUGAUGGUCGAGGACUGUCCACUUGUUUUGGUAGUUCGUGAACCCGAAAAGUUUUAGAAUUGGUUGCUACGGUCCUUAGUAAUUUUCUCCGCGUAGUGUUAAAAGAAUUUUCAUGAAAGGGCCCAUGUUACCUUUCCGUAAAAAAUUAGUUCGGCCGUUGAAUCUACUUUUCAAUUGGUGAUCAUGUCAGCGCAUACUGACUCUGCUACUUUCAACAGAAGGUCUUCGACACCAUCCAGACGAGCUUGGGAAGAAACAGGAGAGAAACCACCGGCAGGCGACUCACAGAACGAUCUUAACAAAAAUGUAGCGGACGGGAAUAAGUCUGUACGUCAAGAAAGAACUGGAAGUGAAGGACAGAAGACAAUGACAAGCAUGGAGAGCAACGGAUCAACCGAAGUUCGACUUCGGUCUGUGGAAGUUGGUGUCGAGGAAAACGCGAACAUCAAAACGAGUAAAGGUGAAAUCGCUCAAAAAGAUAAUACGACGAACGGAUUUCCAGACGUGAACGUUAAAAAUGGAAAAAAAAAUGGUGCAAAAGAUCCCGAGGCUUUGAAAGGUGAUCAUGUAUGCGAGGAUUCCUGUUGUGGUGACUGGACGUUGUUUACGCGGGUUUUCAAAUCGAAGAGAUUCGAAUCGGAAAAGCUCGAGGGCCUCUAUCAACGUUAUGUGUUUCGCCUGAACCAAAAGUUUAUGAGCUGGCUUAUUGGACUGCUACUUAUCUUAACAUUCAUUCUCAUAGGUUUACAGUUCGGUAUGGAAAAUAAGAUGCCUCCAGAGACUAAUGCCGAAGGCAUUACUUUAUGUAUAUUUGCCGUUGCCUACAUCUUGCUGGCUUUAAUUGUGAAUAGAAGUGGUUCCUCACAGAGCAAUUUAAAUUGGGUAUCUUAUAUUUUACUCGCCAUAUCUUGUGGAUUUGUUCUAGCUUCAGUUGUUUGUCCUCCUUCAAAGGAUGUAGAACCAAGCCACCCUAAAAGCCUUUAUUCGCCAUCAGAUGGCGUAUGGCUAACAACUUUCUUCGUCUAUAUGACUUACACCAUGUUGCCAGUUAGGAUGAGAAUCGCCGUCUUCGGUGGCUGCCUUCUUCCUGCGAUACAUCUCAUAUCAAGCGCUGCGAUGAAUAAUAAAGAUCCAAACCUUUCAAGAUUGCUUGUUGGCAAUCUGCUCAUAUUUGUAUGUGCCAAUAUAACGGGGGUCUUUACGAAGUAUCCAACAGAGAUUUCACAACGCCGGGCUUUCCUAGAAACUAGGCGAUGUAUAGAGUCAAGGUUGACCAUCAUGAAAGAGAACCAGAACCAGGAGCGUCUAUUGCUUUCUGUUUUACCAAGAUUUGUGGCUAUGGAAAUGAAAGCAGAUAUAGAAAGUGGGGCAUCAGAAACAAUGCAGUUCCACAAAAUUUACAUUCAAAGACAUGAAAAUGUCAGUAUAUUAUUUGCUGAUAUUGAAGGAUUCACCAUGCUUUCAUCUCAGUGCACAGCUCAGAAGUUGGUUCAAUAUCUCAAUGAAUUAUUUGCCAGCUUUGAUAUGCUUGCUGUGGAAAACCAUUGCCUGAGGAUCAAAAUAUUGGGAGACUGCUAUUACUGUGUGUCUGGAUUACCAGAGGCUCGCCCUGACCAUGCUCAUUGUUGUAUAGAGAUGGGCUUAGAAAUGAUUGAUGCCAUUGCGAGUGUACGUGAAGCAACUGGUGUCAACUUGAAUAUGAGAGUUGGCGUUCACAUGGGAAAGGUUCACAGUGGGGUGUUGGGACUUGUCAAGUGGCAAUAUGAUGUGUGGUCAGAUGACGUAACAACUGCAAAUCACAUGGAGUCUGGAGGACUGCCAGGACGUGUUCAUAUAACAGACUCUGUACUGAAUUGUUUAAGUGGGGAUUAUGAGGUUGAAGAAGGGCGAGGACAGGAACGGGAUCCUUAUCUAAAGCAGUACAAUAUUGAAUCAUACCUUAUUGUAGCUGAACACCCAAGGAAGCGAAAAAAUACUGCCUUAAAAGAAACUAAGCAAGAUGAUCAAGACAAGAAAAUGCAGGCAAGGCUAGGUAUUACAGCUUCAAAUCAGCAAGAUCCAGAGGAUGAAGUCAAUGAAUUUCUGGGAAGCUCUAUUGAUGCCCGCAGCAUUGACAAGUUGCGCAAAGACUAUGUGCGGCCAGUACUUCUCACAUUUAAGGAUCCAGACAAGGAAGAGCUUUAUUCUCAAGAAAAGGAUAGAAUGUUCAAGUCUUACACUGCAUGCAUUCUUCUCCUCUUUGUCCUCAUAGUUAUGGUUCAGAUUACAACCCUUCCAAGAACAUAUGUAACUAUGGCUGUUUUCAUAAGCACAUUUCUUGUUGUUGGUGCCCUUUUCCUAUUGGUUGUAGCUGAGAAGUGCCAGAAUAUACCAAGUGGUUUGAGGAGCAUUUCAGCCAAACUUGCACAGUCUCAAACCAGUUGCAGAGUAGUAGCAACUGUAUUGGUUCUGACUUUGUAUAUUGCUGCCAUUGGAAAUUUUUUUGGCUGUGACUUAGGGAGAGAACUGAUGGUAGGAAAAUCUAGAUGCAAUGAAUCUCAUUUGUCUUAUGUUGGGCUUCAUCCUGAUACAAAAUUCUGUGACUACCCACAGUACUUCACAUUCAGUGUGAUGUUAGUGAUGAUAGGCUGUGCAGUCUUCCUGCAGCUUAGUACAGUGCACAAGUUUUCAAUGUUGGCAGCCAUGUCAACUAUCUUUAUAGUCUUGAUAAGAGUUGUCUUUACAGAUCUUUUCAACAAUCAUGAUAAGAUCCAUUAUUGUUGGUUGUUACCUGAAGAUCGAAGAUCCACUGAUGGAUAUAUCAAGUGGAUUGAUCUUUCCAUAGUAAUUGUUGUGAUGUUGACAAUAGCUUUAACUGCACAUGGAUACUUGCAUGAGGAAAUAUCUAGACUGGACUUCUUGUGGAAACUUCAGGCUACAGAGGAAAGGGAAGAAAUGGAAAAACUCAGAGAGUACAAUAAGAAAUUGCUGUAUAAUAUCCUGCCUGACCAUGUUGCUCAGCAUUUCCUUGCACAACAAGCUAAAAAGAAUGAUGAACUUUAUUACCAGUCUUGUGAUAAGGUCAUUGUCAUGUUUUCUAGUAUCUGUAAUUUUUCUGACUUCUACACUGAGCUAGAUGCUAAUGGUGAAGGAGUUGAGUGUUUACGCCUCCUUAAUGAGAUACUGGUGGAUUUUGAUGAGCUUCUUUCAGAGCAACGCUUCCAGUGUAUAGAGAAGAUUAAAACAAUUGGUGAAACAUACAUGGCUGCCGCUGGAAUUAAACCUGAAUCUCAGGAGAAAUUGGCAACCCUAAGUCACAUAGUAACAAUGGCUGACUUUGCCAUGGCAAUGAAAAAGAAACUAGCUGACAUAAAUUUACAUUCCUUCAAUGACUUCAAGAUGAAAAUUGGUUUAAAUUUUGGUCCUGUUGUGGCUGGAGUGAUUGGUGCCCAUAAGCCCCAGUAUGACAUCUGGGGUGAUACAGUGAAUGUGGCUAGCCGUAUGUACAGCACUGGCAAGCCUAAGCAUAUACAGGUUACACAAAGUGUUUAUAAUAUUCUCUCUACACGUGGUUACACCUUUGAAUGUCGGGGCUUAGUGGCAGUUAAAGGAAAAGGCAAAAUGGUCACAUACUGGAUGACUGGCAAAGAAGGAGACCAAUCAAAUGAGUGAUCCACUAACAAUUAAUUACCCACCAAUCGAUUUGUUGUAAAGUAAUAUUUAUCAUCAAAGUUAUUUGUAUGAUUAACCUUACAAAGUAUCUUUUUGUAACAUACUUAUCCAGAGUCAGUCACUUCUUUUUGUCAUAUUUAAAGUGUAUUAGAUUCAAACUUCAACUUGUUUUUCAUUCAGAUUAUUUAAGUUAUUUUAGUUACUAAUAACAUGGGAACAGCAUGUCCCUUUUGGGUAGCUGAAAGCAUCUCCUUGACCUUCUUUUUCUUGGAAACCCUUUAAACUCAAAGAAUUUGGAAGAGUACUGGAGGACUUUACAAACAUGUUUUUCAUCGGUUUAGUCGUAUGAAAAUGUGUGUGAUCUCAGAAAUGUUAUCAGAAAGUAACAGCUUUCGUCAGUUUUGGGUAAAUAUCUGCCCGUUUCAAUUUCACUUAGGACGUGGGUAAUUUUGAGAAUAAGGGUUGUGUGUGUUUUUUAAAUGUAAUGGUAAAAUUUAUCAUGUACAUGCAGUUCAAGAUGUUCAACAACACUUAACACAAUAUAGACCCCUCUGCCUGUUUGUCUUCAUUAUUCUCUUCACUUUUUUUUUUACCCUGUGUCGUACGAUUUAUAGUACACUUCCUUGGCAGAUAAUGAUGUUGACCUCUUUAUUUUGAUGCUUGUGUACAUCAUCAAUAUUACAUCAGAGUGCUGAAAAUAGACAGGUGGUCACUAUAAAAGACUCUAGCACUGUGGCAACAACAUUGUCACCAUCUAAUUGUGUGUUGUUCUGAUACAAAAUUAUGAAAAGUCAAGAGGAAAAGCAAGUUAGUAACUGCUAAAUUAACCUCAUUUUCAGGAGAGAAAGUAUUCUCAGGUUUCUUGCUGGUUGUCUCGGGUACUUUUUACAAGAACACUUGCAUUGCUUUGUGUAAAGAAAAGAACUUAAUUUAUUUUGAAUUAUAUCACUUAAUUAUUGAGAGUAGAGAGCUUGCUGAAAUUUUGGGUGAUUUCAGAUGGCAUAGAUGUCAUGCAGGAAUCUGAUACACAAAUUCCUUAAAAGAAAGUUAAUAUAUAUAGUUAAAUUAUUAGUAUCUGAUUCUUAUGAGAUUUAAUUAGGUAACUGAGAAAAAAAAACAAGCCACGAAUUUUUGACUUUCCUCCAAUAUAUUUCUUAGCAUGUGUUAGGUGGGACGUUCAUUUAACAAUAGCAUGCUGUGUACAUUGCACAUAUGGAAAAAGUCAUGCAAAUCGCUGAGUCGUCGCGAUUUUGCUUCAACCUAUUAGACACAUGGAAAGUCAGCGCCGCACUAGUAAGAGUAAUUUUUUUUGAUGGCCGGCUGUUGUUUCCAUGUAACUAGCCAACGGGACGUUUCCUUUGGUUGGUUGGUUGGUUCGGUUGUUUCAUUAAAGCUACGCAAAGUGCUAAAUCAAAGUACUUGUAUCUAACUAGUUUCGGGUGUAAUUUUAGCCUUAACAAAGUAGAGCAAGUGUGGUUGUCAACAUUCCAUAUCCUUGGACACGACAGCUAUUAGUGCAUUUUGAAAAUCUGCUGCAAAUGUGUAGCAUGUUGAAAGAGAUGAGGUGUUUGUAGGUUAGGUGGUUGUGUUAAAUACAUCAAGUAAAAAUAUAAGCGUAAUUUUUAAUAUUUUAGAUGAUUAAAAGAUAUUAGUAGACUUGGCUGGUGGUUGGGAAUUUUUAACUAAGUGAUUUUAAUAGAAAUUAAAUGAGCUUAAGAAAGUGACCAUCGCACUACGUCUAUGUAGAAAUUCAAUGGCUUUGAUCUAAUAUAUUGACAAGCAACAUUCCCCUUUGUAAAUAUGUCGUGAAAUAAAGUGUUUUUUCGGUCUCA